CGCAAACACACACGCUCACUCCUGAGACAUAAAUACAGUUUAUCUGGGAGAAACAGUCGGAUUAGGAGACGCGUUUUCUCACAAGAGCAGGUUUAUGGUUUGGACUGAAGAUAGCAGCAUGUCUCGCACCGACGAGGUCCACCGCGUUACGGAGAAUGUCUACAAGACCAUCAUGGAGCAGUUCAACCCCUGCUUACGGAACUUCGUUGCCAUGGGGAAGAACUACGAGAAGGCUCUCUCCACUGUGACAUUUGCGGCCAAAGGCUACUUUGAUGCUCUGGUGAGGAUGGGGGAGCUGGCCAGCGAAAGCCAGGGAUCGAAAGACCUGGGGGACGUGCUCUUUCAGAUGGCCGAGGUCCACCGGCAGAUACAAGUACAGCUGGAUGAAAUGCUGAAGUGCUUCCACACAGAGCUGCUGUCCGAGCUGGAGAAGAAAGUAGAUCUGGAUGCCAGAUACCUGACCGCGGCUCUGAAGAAGUACCAGAUUGAGCAGAAGAGCAAGGGUGAGAGUCUGGAGAAAUGUCAGGGCGAGCUGAAAAAGCUGCGUAGGAAGAGCCAAGGGAGCAAGAACCCCGCCAAGUACAACGACAAGGAGCUGCAGUUUGUAGAGACCAUCAGCAAUAAGCAGAGUGAGCUGGACACCUUCGUCGCCGAGGGCUACAAGACGGCUCUGUCGGAGGAGCGCAGAAGAUACUGUUUCCUGGUCGACCGGCAGUGUGCUGUUGCCAAGAACAGCAGUGCUUAUCAUGGCAAGGGCAAAGACCUGCUCACUCAGAAGAUCCCAAUGUGGCAGCAGGCCUGCUCAGACCCCAACAAGAUCCCAGAGAGGGCCAUGUUGCUGGUGCAUCAGAUGGUGUCCGACUCCAACCCACUUCUCUCCAGCCCCUUGCACUCCUCCAAGGGCAACCUGGUCAUCUCGGACCCCAUUCCCGGAGCUCAGCCGCUCCCUGUGCCUCCAGAGCUGGCUGCCUUCAUGAGCGGUGGUUUGGGCCACCAGAGCAGGAUGAUAGGUCCUGAUGGCAUGUCCCUGGUCAAUGGUACCACUGGCUUGCAGAGUGAGGAGUACUGGUCUGAGGGGGGUGCGUCUCAGGGCAGAUCCAGCUCUCCACAGCCUCCGUCCCAGUCCCAGCCACAGAGGCAGGUCAGCGAGGUUUACUCCAACACGCUGCCCGUUCGCAAACACCAGCCGGCCAAGAGCAAGGCUACCGUGGGCGAGACGCGGACUCUGCCCAGGUCCAGUUCCAUGGCAGCGGGGCUAGAGAAAAACGGACGCUCGCGUGUUCAGGCCAUAUUCUCGCAUGCGGCCGGCGACAACAGCACGCUGCUCAGCUUCACCGAGGGCGACAUCAUCACACUGCUGGUUCCUGAAGCUCGGGAUGGCUGGCACUACGGAGAGAACGAGAAAGACAAAAUGCGAGGCUGGUUUCCCUUUUCCUACACGCGAGUGUUGCCUGAUAGUGACUCGGACAAGCUACGGGUCAACCUGCACCACGGGAAGAGCAGCAGCACGGGGAACCUGCUGGAGAGAGACGACACGUCUCUGCCCAUGCCCGACUAUGGCCUCACCGCCCGUCUGCUGGCUCAGAGCCUGACACAGAAUCGCCCGCGUCCAUACAGCAUGGCUGGCUUCACACAGCCAGCAAUUGAGGAUUAUGACAGUCAUUUUGCUACAAGUGACCGCUCUCUGGACGCCUACCUUAGAUCGACCCUGAUGGAUGACCACGCUGCUCAGCUUUUCUACUAGAGCAGCCCGUGCGCUGUCUUCUCUCUACUGCCCUCUUCUGUUAAGCAUCCGGCUCUACGUGCUCUCGCACCAAACACAGAUCAAGACUGGCGAGCAAAGGGGGCAUGGAUGCUCCGGGCUCUAAGGCUUAAACGUGCAUUAUGUAUUCCUAAAUAUUGCUUCAUAGUAAGAAACGAAGCGGCGCUCGCAGAUGCUUAAACCAUACGUUCCAUCCGUCGCAAUAUGUUUUGUAGAUCGAUGCUCGGAACGAUUUAUUGAUUAACUAUUUUGUGUUGGUUUUAGGGUUGUUUUUUUAACACGCUGGCUAAAAGAAAAAUCAAGACGUGAUCACACUGACUGCACCUGUUAUCAGUUUAAUGUUCGGUAACCUAGUAACAGCAACAUAGAAUUUUCCAUUCAUUUCAGCCUGUUUAAAAGCAAAUACGAACAGUCCAUAGCAUAACAACAAAGCACAAUAAUUCUAUGGAAACAUUUAAAGUGCUGUGCAAAAGUAUUUGCCCCCUGAUUUCUUUAUAAGGACGGACUGGUAAGGAGGGACUGGUUGAACAGCCAAGCCAUUGGCAAGGUCCCAAGCCUGGAUAAAAAUAAGCAGGCUCCAGGAAGAAGAAAAGCUGUGCCAAAUCAGAUAUGACCGGUGUCGAUGUCUAUGUACAGGAGCAGCCGAAUAAAGAAGAAAAAACCCUUUAUUUAGUCAUACAGGACAGAACAGGUGUAUAUGCAUUGCAUGAAAUAUUAAUGCAUAUAUUAAUAAGGGUGCAGUGCGACAUUCAGACGCAGCAUAUCAUUGAAAAUCAUGCAGUCAGUGUGGUCAGGUCACUAUUCUUGUCAUAUGUAAUAAAAAAAUGCAAUGAUUUAUUAUUUUCUAUCCUUUAUUAUACUCUGUUACAGAAGCCAUCAGUGUUUUUCUAUUUCUAAUUUGUUGCUAAGAUAAAAGCUUUGGUUAUAUAUUAAUAUAAGACAAGUCUAAAUUAUACAGCAAGGACGCAGACGUGAGACUGUAAUUCGCAUCACUCGAUCUGUUACUAUGGCGCUCUUGUACCUUGCCUCACCUUGUAAAACCAGUGCUGGUGAGACAGCGAACGGUUCACGAUCAAAUCCUCGCUGCUGGCUUUUCUCUGGUGUCUGUAUUAAACUGGCAGUUCGACUGCCUGACAAAGCUUGUAUAGUAUAUUUUUCACAGACAGCGAGCACCACCAGGGGUUUGUGCCUUCUACCGCUAUAGGUGUUAAUGUUUAAUGAUAAAGCAGGAGGAACUGGGGGACUUCGGGACCUUUUCUAUUAUUGUUUGCUUUUGAAUUUCUUUUUUAUUAUACAAGUACCAGGAUGAAUUUGUUGUUCUUGUUGCUGAUUCAUUGCUUUGAAUUAAAUAAUCAAAUCGAAUUGUAGUUGGUUGGCUUUUCUGAAUGGGAUUUUUAAGUUCACUAGUGUAAAUAGAGCUUUACGUGUUACUGUAGAGUCAUUUCAAUACGUCUGGAUCAUGGGAGCUAUCCUACACUUGGACUGUUGUAGAUUUAAGAUCAUGUUCGUGUCAGACACUAGAGCUGCUGCAUAGGUGGAAUAAUGGAAACGUUACUUUUUUUUUUUCCAGCUGUCCUCUUUCUGUCCAGGAAUUGACAAAUUGAAGCUUAAAGUGCUCAUUUUGAAUACAAUAUUUUUUGUACAUGAUAUAGUUUAGACAUGGGUGUUAUAUAGAGUUGUAGAAUUCACUUCUGCUUCUAGGUGAAAUCAUAUAAAGUAUAUUAGUGUGUGUGUGUGUGUGUGUGUGUGUGUGUACUUGUAGUAAUGCACCCUUGCCAAAAUUAAGACAGUUCAGAUAUACAAUAGUACGCUCUCAGACGUCUGUUUGGAGUUUACUGGGAGAGAUUUAUGAUUUGAAUGAAAGAGUGAAAUGGUUAAACGUCUUUGACGUUGGCCUUUGACGUUCUGUCCAUUCUUAUUUAUGUCACUGCAUUUUACAAAGACAUAUCCAUGUUAUUUGUGAAAUAAAAUGGAUAAAAUAAA